AUGAUCUUAUCACGAGAAGGCUUCACGAUAGACGUGAUUGCGCGAUGGCUUCGAAACUCCGUCCUCAACCCAUACCUGUCGAUCCCCUUUGCCGCCGGUCUGGCCGUGGUCUCGGCCAGGAAGAACGGAGCGGCUGGGCUGUCGGACCUUCAUUUGGACAUGGCCCACCGCGUCGCGUUCCUCGCGGCCCUGGCGAGCUUCGUCCUGUCCACCACCGAGUACCUCAACAAGUGGUCCGCCAACAACUGGACGACGGACGACACCUGGGACUUUGACAAGGAGAUCGUCGUCGUGACGGGCGGCAGCAGCGGCAUCGGCCAGAGCAUCGUCAGGCACAUUCUGUCGAGGAACCCACGCGCCACCGUCGUCGUCGUCGACCUCGCGCCCCUGUCGUGGGAGCCCCCGCGAGGGUCCGACAACGUCCACUACUUCCGGUGCGACCUGACCGACACCAGGGCGCUCAAGGCGCUCUGCGACCGCAUCCGCGCUGAGGUCGGCGAUCCCACCGUCCUCGUCAACAACGCGGGCAUCGCACGGGGAAGCACCGUCAUGGAGGGGUCCUACGCCGACGUCGAGCUGACCGUCAAGACGAACCUCGUCGCGCCGUUCCUGCUGACCAAGGAGUUUCUGCCGCACAUGGUCCGCAACAACCACGGCCACAUCGUCAACGUCGGGUCGAUGAGCUCCGUGGUCCCGCCGGUGAGGAUCGCCGACUACUCGGCCACCAAGGCCGGGCUGACGGCGAUGCACGAGGCGCUCCAACUCGAGUUGAAGUACAUUCACAAAGCGCCCAAGGUCCGACAGACGCUCGGCAUCUUCGGCUUCAUCCGGACGCCGCUCGUGCCCUUCGACCCCGGCCAGCCGCACUUCAUGAUGCCCCUGCUCCACGUCGACUCCGUGGGGGAGGCCAUCGUCAACUCGCUGUACAGCGGCCUCGGGAGGACCAUCUACCUGCCCGGCAUCAUGUCGCCCGUGACAGUCUUGGUGAGCAUGAAUGGCAUCAAUCAUUCCAGGGCCGGCCCGGAGUGGCUGUGGCGGCUUGCGCGGGAGACCACGGCGAGCGCCAAGGACAUUACCUACACGCCGCGGCAGAAGAUCAACGACGCGACGGGUCGGUUGGAGAUGGCUGUUUCCGCAAAGGAGGAGGAGGACUGGGCCUAG